CCGAAAAUUCACUCUUUCUUCCGUUCGCAAUCUCUCUCUCUGUCGAUCGGCGUUCAGAUCGGAGCGGCGACGGCGGAGGAGAUGAGGGAGGAAGAGGUAGAGAAGCUGCGGGGGGUGGUGAGGGACUGCGUGACCAAGCACCUCUACUCGUCGGCCAUCUUCUUCGCCGACAAGGUCGCCGCUUUCACCCGCGACCCCGCCGACGUCUACAUGCAGGCCCAGGCCCUCUUCCUCGGCCGCCACUACCGCCGCGCCUUCCACCUCCUCAACGCCUCCAAGAUCGUCCUCCGCGACCUCCGCUUCCGCUACCUCGCCGCCAAAUGCCUCGAGGAACUGAACGAGUGGGAUCAGUGUCUGCUGAUGCUCGGCGAUGCCAAGGUGGACGAACAUGGGAAUGUGUACGACACGAAGGAAACUAAUGCCAUGUACUUAGAUAAGGAUGGGGAGGACCGCGAGAUCAAUAUAUCUUCAGCUAUAUGCUUUUUGAGAGGCAAGGCAUAUGAGGCUCUGGAAAAUCGUUCCCAAGCCCGGCAAUGGUACAAAGCCGCUGUAAAAGCCGAUCCUCUCUGUUAUGAGGCUUUGGAAUGUCUUAUCAACAAUCACAUGCUUUCAAGUGAAGAAGAAGCCAGUUUACUUUCAUCACUGCAUUUUGGUCCAGAAGAUGAAUGGCUCUCUUCUUUCUAUUCAUGCCUGAUAAAGAAGUAUGACAAAGAGAAUGUUGUGGAGGCCAAGUUUAAAGAACUUGAGAAUGAAAGUUACAGUAGUAAUCCUUCUGAGCAAUCUUUCAUGCGGACCCUGAAGAAUGAUACUGAUCUAAUGGCAUGCAAAGCUGAAUACUAUCAUCAGUGUGGUGAAUAUCAGAAAUGCUUUGAAUUGACUUCCAUACUGCUCGAGAAAGAUCCCUUCCAUAUGAAAUGUACUCUGGUGCAUUUAACAGCUGCUACUGAACUUGGUCAUUCAAAUGAACUUUACCUUAUGGCAUGCAACUUAGUGAAGGACUAUCCCCAAAAGGCUCUGUCAUGGUUUGCUGUCGGUUGCUACUAUUAUUGCAUUAAGAAGUAUGACCAGUCACGGCGAUAUUUCAGCAAGGCUACAAACCUGGAUGGUACAUUCCCUCCUGCUUGGAUUGGUUAUGGAAAUGCUUAUGCUGCUCAAGAUGAAGGGGAUCAGGCUAUGUCUGCAUAUCGCACUGCUGCUCGUUUGUUUCCUGGGUGCCAUUUGCCGACAUUAUACAUUGGGAUGGAGUACAUGAGAACACAUAGUUUUAAACUUGCUGAGCAGUUUUUCAUGCAGGCUAAAACAAUCUGCCCAUCGGACCCUCUUGUAUAUAACGAAUUAGGAGUUGUUUCCUAUCACAUGAAAGAGUAUAACAAAGCUGUUCGGUGGUUUGAGAAAACUUUGGCUCACAUUUCAUCUUCUUUAAGUGAAAUGUGGGAACCCACUGUUGUUAAUCUAGCUCAUUCAUACAGAAAAUUAAAGAUGUACAAUGAAGCAAUAUUGAACUAUGAGAAAGCUCUGGCGUUAUCCACAAGAAGCGUGUGCACUUAUGCUGGUAUUGCUUACACUUACCAUUUGCAGGACAACUUCACGGCAGCUAUUACAUAUUAUCACAAAGCUUUGCGGUUAAAACCAGAUGAUCAAUUCUGCACUGAGAUGUUAAGUUUGGCUCUUAUCGAUGAAUGCCGUCGUGGUGUAGACUCGAAGUUCGAGUACCGUUAAGAUGAGGGGGUUGGUUGAUCUCAUCUGUGGAGUUGUUGUACGUGCUUUGUAAUUACAGGAAAAAGAGGAUGACAUAGGGUUAUUUUGGGUUGCUUUAUUUUUCUGUACUCUAGAGUCUACAAACAUGUCAGGCAUGCCUUUGUCUCUGUAACCUUGUCAAUUUCUUCUUCUUCCUUUUCAUUUGCCAUAGUCCUGUAACAUUAUCUAUAUGUGAUUAAUAAAAUUAUAUGUUGCUCUCAA